GUUUUAUUUCGCUGACAGGGGUGGCACCUGGCGUCUGGGGUGUCAAGGGAGGAAAUAAACUUGUCUGCAAUGGCCUUAUCUAUGCUGCCAAAGCACAGCUUAUUUCUGGCACAGUUCUGUCCAUAGAGCCAAAACAAAGACCUGAUCCUGCAGGGGGCACACGGAAUCUGUACUACGUCACUUACAACUCUACAUCGGGACAGUCAGCAGAAAUGUAUGAUAUUGUUGUCAUUGCAACCCCACUAAACCACAAAAUGUCCAACAUCACCUUUAGGAACUUCAACCCUCCUAUUCCAGAGUUUCCACAUCCUUACCACCAGACUAUAGCGACAUUUGUGCAUGGGCGCUUAAAUGCUUCCUUCUUUGGCUACCACGACCCCUCUGCCUUUCAUUUGAGUGAUAUCUUCACUACAGAGAACCCCAAACUGUUCAUCAACAGCCUGGGGGUGGUAUCUCCUGUUGAAGGGAGACCCAGCGAAGAAAAGCUGCCCUUGCAAUCAGCUGUCUGGAAGGUAUUUUCAAAGGAACCACUCACCAAGGAGCAGCUUAACUUGCUUUUCUCUUCCUAUGACUCUGUGAAAGAGAAGAAGUGGCUGGCAUACCCCCACUACAGCCCCCCUGAAAAAUGCCCACCCGUGAUCCUCCACGACAGGAUAUACUACCUCAACGGCAUCGAGUGCGCUGCCAGUGCCAUGGAGAUGAGUGCCAUAGCAGCCAAAAACGCAGCGCUGCUUGCUUACCACCAGUGGUAUGGGAACACGGACAAGAUCGACCAGGAAGACUUGCAUGAGAAGCUGAAGACAGAGCUCUGA